UAUGAGCUUUUUAACCAGUGUUCUCCAGCACCAAAACCCGUCUGGUUCCCGUAAAUCCUUCCCUCUUAACUCUUCCAGAAACUUCACUCCCUCUCUCACAGCCAUGGCUAGGGCUCCAGGCAAGCAUGGACGUGAUCAAGCCCUGGAUUUCCAGGGGUUUUUGAAUGAUUUGCAGGACUGGGAACUUCUUAAGGAUACUGAUAAAAAGAUGAAGAAGAAGUCACGAGCUUCUGAUGUGAAGAUUGGUGAGGAUGGAAGAUCAAAAGGAAAAACUUCUGCUGCUGAUUCUUCUAGAAGUGGUUCAGGACAGUAUGAUUACUCAAGGAACUUUGGUGCAAUCAAUCGUCUAUCAAGUAGUUUUACAACUGAUGAGAUUACUGUGGAUGCUACCACAGAGAAAGAAUUGGGAAAUGAAUAUUUUAAGCAGAAGAAGUUUAAUGAAGCUAUUGAGUGUUAUUCAAGAAGCAUAGCCUUGUCACCAACAGCUGUAGCCUAUGCAAAUAGGGCAAUGGCAUAUCUCAAAAUCAAAAGAUUUCGAGAGGCUGAAGAUGACUGUACAGAGGCUUUGAAUCUAGAUGAUCGCUACAUAAAAGCGUAUUCACGCAGAGCAACAGCUAGAAAUGAAUUGGGGAAACUUAAAGAAUCCAUCGAGGAUUCUGAAUUUGCUUUGAAGUUGGAGCCUAAUAACCAGGAAAUCAAGAAACAGUAUGCUGAAGUCAAAUCUUUGUAUGAGAAGGAAAUUCUCCAGAAAGCAUCUGGCGCUCUCAGAAGCUCUUUACAAGGAACACAAAAAGGAGGAAGGUCAGAAGCAAGUGUAAAUGGACAUGCAGUGCAACCAGUCUCGAUUGCCACUCAAAAGACUGGGGUCUCUGCAUCUAAAAAGGAUAACACCAAGGAGAAUGAUGGAAACAAUCUUGUGAAGAAAUCAGUGCAUGUGAAAGAAUUAAGGAACAAAGGCACAGGUGCUGGAAGCAAAUCUGAUGGUCAUGUAGGCAAUGAUUCUCCUGCAAAUGCCCCUCCAAGUUCCAGUGUAGAGAGUGUCCAGAAAAAUAAUAGAACUCAAAGACAAGAGCUGAAGACCUCAGUAAUAGAACUUGCUUCUCAAGCAGCUUCUCGUGCCAUGGCUGAAGCUGCAAAAAACAUUACUCCUCCAAACUCGGCUUAUCAAUUUGAGGUUUCUUGGCGAGGCUUUUCUGGUGAUCGUGCACUCCAGGCUCACCUCUUGAAGGUUACUUCUCCAAGUGCAUUGCCUCAGAUAUUUAAAAAUGCGCUGUCUGUUCCUAUUCUAAUCGACAUCAUCAAGUGUGUGGCCUCCUUCUUCAUCGAUGACAUGGUUUUGGCUGUCAAAUAUCUGGAGAACCUGACCAAAGUCCCAAGAUUUGACAUGCUUAUCAUGUGUCUUUCAUCUAAAGACACGUCUGAUCUUCUCAAGAUGUGGGAUGGAAUCUUCUGUAGUGCAUCAACGCCAAUUGAAUAUGCUGAGAUUCUUGACAACUUACGAUCAAAAUACUGUCCGAAAUGUUGACAGGCUUAUAACAUAGAGAGUUUUUAGUAUAAAUUUGGAAAACUUUAUACAAGCUCCGGUGCCUCAUCCGUUUAUUUCAUCUUUUGAUCCGGAAGGAGUUUUUGAAUGUUUGAACUACUGUCGUGAAUUCUUGAUUGUAUAAAUUUUUUUGAUCUA